AACUGCUGCUUUAUUUUUUCCCUGGUGAGGAAUACCGGUGGGUUUUUCUGCUUGAUAAUUUUAGAGUUCAAAUAAACACCAGUAAGUUGAGAUUGGAAACAAGAAAGCUUUAAUUCCCCCCCCACACCCUGUAGAGAAACACAUGAAUUCGUGCUCGUGUUGUUUGUGCAGGGGAGAUCAAGCCGUGGCUGGUUCUCUCUCACCCCACCCACCCCAGUUCACUGCUGUCAAUGAGAGGUUUGAUUCCUCCCCUCAGCCCAAAGUCCACACAGACACCUUGUAGGUUUCCCUUUUCAGACUUAAUUUUCCUUUUUUUCUACUUGCUGCUUAUUUUUAUGUGGAAAAUCCCAGUAAAAGGUAAUGAUAAAUGUUCUCCUGCCAUUCAUAUGACCACAAAAAGUAAGUGUGCUAAGGCCCAAAUUACACAGUGCCUUGCAUGAUGUUUAGCUGAUGUCUCAGAGAGAACAGGAUGUGUUUAGGCUGAUAACCUGACUUUGUUUUAAUAUCUUCUCUUUUUUUUAGCAUAUGAGGUGUCUGGUUAAUAAGUGCUUUCUGUUUUUUAAUGGUAUGAUCUAAUUUCUACAAUCCAGUUUUGGACUGCUCUCUACCAUGUAACAAAUACACAAAAGCCCAUUAAUUUCCAGCUCAGGUGGGGGGCAGGGAAGGAGCAGCUCCUUGAUUGCUACAUGAAAAUGCAGAAAUGCAAGCAGGGGAAAUGUGCAACAGACCCUGAGGGUCUCACUCAACCUCUCAGAGUGUGUCAGUAAUGGACCAGUGGGGAAGAUCUUGUUCUUUGUACUGAAAUGUGCUGGUUUCUGUGUUUGGUACAAAGGGGAGGUGCUGGCGUGUGCAGGUUGUGUGCUCAGGUGACUGCCUUGUCACCUCCUGUGACAAACACAGGGCCUGUUUCUGUAGCAAGAGUUGUUUGGAUCAGUAGGAAUGGGAAAAACAGGAGCUGUAGCAUUUUACCUGCUGCUGGCUGUAUUUCCGUGCUUUGAGCGCCUUUGCAGACAGAACCUGCUGGGGCUUUGCCCCAGGUUUGACAGAUGAUGUUGAAUUCCAUGCUGGAGGUGUCUGAGGUCUCUUUGGAGCACGAUUCCCCAGGUAGCUGCCUCACUCCUUGUUUCACUGCAGGGACAGGACUCUGUUCUCUCUGGUUUUGCUGCUUCUCCUCUCAGCCAGGCACUUCUUGCACAGGCGUGCAGCAAGCAGUGAUCUAAAGGGGCACCUAAACUGUGUCUGGCUGCCUGUCAGAGAAAGCCAAAAAGCAAAGAGAUCUCUUAGCAGAAAAAUCUGUAUCUGAAAUUUAACCCAAAAAUACUUGUGUCAUAUUUUCAGAGCAUAAAGUACUGACAUUGGGAGUGUUUGUGUACUUCAUUACUUGAAGGGAAAACAUGAAGUAUUUGAUCCCCACAGUUUAAAAAAUCCUAAUGAAAUUCUUCUGUGACAGUCAGCUGGAGUGUUCCCCUUUUUAUACACUUCAUCCUUCCCCCAGUCUCUGUUGGUGCAAAUGUGAUUUGAAACAAGCCUGUUUUCUGUGCUGUGACCUUCCCACGAGCCCCCAGGCGGGCAGGGCCGAUGGCAGAGCUGGCAGGAGUGGUGUCUGUGCACUUGGGAUCCCAGGAGGAUGCUGGCCCUGCCCUCCGGAGCCGACUCUCCUGCAGGACUUCCCAGCCUUUACUGGGCAGCGAAGACCACCCACGGCUCCCAGUCCAGCUCUAUUUUUAUUACAGCAGUGACAUUUCCACGUUGUUUCGUACUUUGAAGAGUUUAAAGGAUUCCUGCCGGCGCUGUUCCUGAGGGAAGCCAUGCCCUGCCACAGAGCCCUUCGCCUGUUCCUGCUGACACUGUGUGCCAUCCUGGUCCCUGCUGUGCUGGCAGCAGAGUACCCACAGGGCCCGGUCCCCACCCUGUGGAACGAGCCACCUGAGCUGCCCUCCGGAGCCGGUCCCUUCGACGCUGCCACCACCACAGCGCGGCUGUCGGACGCCACCGCCUUCCCCCUGUACACCUCUGAGCUGGAGCCCGAGGACACCACCCACCUGCACCGACUGGACACCGGGGACGGCUCACUGGGGCCUGGAGCUAUCGGUGCCAUUGUCAUUGCUUCCCUCCUGGGGACGUCUGUGCUUGUGGCGUUGGUCAUCAUCACGCUGAGAAAGUUCUCGGCCUCCUGAACUCAAUAAAAGAUUUUUCUGUUACA